GGUCGCAUGGUGGGGUCAUGUGACCUUGAUGUCAGACGGUAGGAACUAGGUGUUCUCGCACUUUAUUGGAGGAAUUAUACUUCCGGCUGUGGGAGGAAACCAAACCUGUUGAUGGGGGUAUUAUUUGGCUGUCGCUACGUGAGGAGAACAGUAGUGACUGGAGACAGAGCAGAAACAGGAGAGCUUGGACUGCACAGUGUAGCUGCCCCUUCUGCACUAUGCGGAUUGUAGGUCCUGUACGUAUUAUUGUGAUUAUUCUUACGGUCGGUCUAACAUGGAUAUUAGCCAGCGUAAUACUGGGGACACAGAGUGGCUUCCCUCGGAUCCCAGCACUAAUGGGAGGCCAUGAAGCUAUGAGCACGGCAGACCCUCGUCCUCGGAGGUUUAAAUGUGGCCUGCCUCGGCCCUGUCCAGAGAAGCACUUUGCAUUCCGUGUGGUGAGCGGAGCUGCAAACGUCAUUGGACCAAAAAUCUGUUUGGAAGAUAAAAUGUUGUUGAGCAGCAUCAAGAAUAAUGUGGGCCGUGGACUCAAUGUGGCUCUUGUGAAUGGAGUUAAUGGAGAGCUCAUCAAUGCAAGAACUUUUGAUAUGUGGAGCGGAGAUGUGACAGAGCUGCUGAACUUCUUACGGCCUAUCCAUGAGGGCACUGUCGUACUGGUAGCUUCUUUUGACGAUCCGGCAACAAAGAUGAAUGAAGAUGCUCGGAAGAUAUUUGCAGGGCUGGGCAGUGCUUCAAUUAAAGACGUUGGUUUCAGAGACAGUUGGGCGUUUGUUGGAGCAAAGGGUGUGCAGGACAAAAGCCCAUUUGAACAGCUCAUUAAGAAUAAUAAAAACACCAACAAGUAUGAGGGCUGGCCUGAAGCCGUAGAACUGGAAGGGUGUAUCCCACAUCGCACAGUGGAAGAAGAGUGAUGGGAGAGAUAUUAAUGAAGCAAAGGUGCUCUAUAGUGGUGGCCCAUAUUGGGCAUAUUGCAAUGUCAGCACAUGGUGAUAUUCUUCCAUCUGCUGCUGCCUAUUCUUCCUCAUAAAGAGUCGGCUGCUGGCACAAUUUAUGCCUUCCCCCGUUCUUUGUGUCAUUCUCAGCCCUGACUUAUUCCUUUGGGAUAUCUGAAUUGAUAUGACUGUGGAUCAUAAAGCCGGCUCCAGCGUGCUCGCACCACAAGAGUCUUAAUGAUUACUACAGGAUGAGGCUUGAGAAUCGCAUUACUUGAAACCUUGUGCUUAAGAAGGAUACAAGGAAUCUGGCAGCGUACCAGCACUUUAUGUGAUGGAAAAUACUUGCAAGUCCUGUUUCUGUUGAGAAAAAUGAUUUCUUGUAAUUUAUUAUUUUUUUUCCUUUUUUUAAUUGAAAAUUCAGAAAUAUUUUAGAGUUUCUAUCCAUGCACCAGCAUAUUCUUAAAAUUCAAGGCCCGUAACACUGUGUUGAAGAGGCUCUGUAACCAUUACAAUGCAAUCGAAACCCCCAUCAUUCAAUCAUUUGUUGUUUUAGUACCUGCAAUGAGCAGUUAUUUGUUUUGCGCAAAAAUAUGGCUUUAUAAAUGUCUGUCAGGGAAUAACAAAUUUGACCUAUUGUACAUGUUCAUUAACACUCUGUCCAGUUGUGUGAUGCAUCAGAAAGAGCAUUCACAAGCCAGGGAGCUAGAUACUGUAUAUAGGCAAAGGAUGUAUGUUUUUUUUAUUGCAGAAGUGCAUGAUGGGAAGGGUAAUUAUUGAUAAGGCUAUCCUCAAAACUUUCACCAAUAAAAAUGUUUCAGUUUGAA